UUCCUCUUCCGGUGCUGUAGGUGUCAGCGCGCAGCGCGGCGAUGGCGGCCGGAGGUCCUGACCCGCGUAGUGGCGACGUAGAGGAGGACGCUUCACAGCUCGUCUUUCCCAAAGAGUUUGAAACAGCUGAGACACUUCUAAAUUCUGAAGUUCAUAUGCUUCUGGAGCAUCGAAAGCAACAGAAUGAGAGUGCAGAGGAUGAACAGGAACUUUCUGAGGUCUUCAUGAAAACACUAAACUAUACAGCUCGUUUCAGUCGUUUCAAAAACAGAGAGACCAUUGCCAGUGUCCGUAGCUUGUUGCUUCAGAAGAAACUUCAUAAGUUUGAGUUGGCCUGUUUGGCCAACCUUUGUCCAGAGACUGCUGAGGAAUCCAAGGCUCUGAUCCCAAGCCUGGAGGGGCGGUUUGAAGAUGAGGAACUGCAGCAGAUUCUUGAUGAUAUCCAGACCAAGCGCAGCUUUCAAUAUUAAUCUCCAAACAUUACUACUUAGGGAACCAUAUCCCCAGCAUGACACUACUGUCCCCCAGGACCAACUUGCACAGAAAUUCUAUCACAGAAGACACUUGGGUAUUUGGAUACAACCAUCAGCUUUGUCUUAAUCUGGGUUGCUAUUUCAGACUUGACUGUUAAAUCAUAAUGACCACGUUAUCUUGGAGAGGACUUGCAGUGGCUGCUUGUGGCUUCCUGAGCUUUCCUGUGGAAAGGCUGGGGUGGGAUAAUGAGCAUAUAGAGCUAUGGUUUUUUGCCCCUGUGUUAUUUUUUAUUCCUAAUAUUAUUAUGCUUUGAUUUCAAUGUGUUUCUAGUUUAUGAAACUGUACUAGAACCUAUAAAACUGGUAUGGGGAAUACUCUUACCUAAAUGCAAAAGAAAGAAUUAAACCAGACCUGUACAUUGUCUGAGA